AUGUACGCUGAUGACAUUAAGAUUUACGGCAUAUACGAUGACGAAAACUACCUCGAAGUACGCACUGCACUUCAGACAUCACUGGCUAAAAUGUCCGACUGGGCUUCCAAAUGGGAUCUGCGCAUUAACUACGACAAGUCUCUGGUUAUGCACGUAGGAAUUUCUGUGGAUGAUAACCUCAACUUCACAGAACAUAUUGAUUAUAUUGUAAGAAAAGCAUGCUCUUCCCUUUUUCGACUAUUCCACAUUGGUCACAUCUCUAAUCCAACUAGUCUCACUCGUUUAUACAAAUCGUUCGUCUCACCUCAUCUUGAAUAUGGCUCUCAAAUUUGGAGCCCUUCAAGGAAAAAACAUAUAGCAAAGCUCGAAAAAGUGCAAGAGACUUUUAAAAAGGAUAAAGGAAAAAUUCAAUCCACUUGGGAUGCGCCAACGCGUUUUAUUGGAAUUCGUAAUCGUCGAGGUUUUGGAACGCUUGUUGGCCUAUACAAUGACUUGCGGGGGCCAGCCGAUGAUCAAGUCAGUGUUUUUAUCCUCCCAGACAAGACAGUCGGCCCCGGAGGGAUGAAAGGCUUAGUGAGAACCAGGGCGGAUUUGAACCUUCGACCGUGUGGCUACAAAAGACUUCUAACCGACUGCGCCUAA